GCGAGUAGAGCGGUGUGUCAGUCUCUCGCGCGCCGGGCACAGAGAUGCAUGCUCCCGCUCAUCCUAUCAGUGUCGUUGUGGUGGUCCUCCUCGGCGUCCUAGCGACCUCCAUCUUCUUCGAUGGUGUGGAAGGGGCCCGAGACUCGUCAUGUCCGAGGAUAUGCCCUCAGGGAGGAGGCGGCGAGCCUGUCUGCGGUUCGGAUGGCAUCAUCUACCGAAAUCUUUGCGAGCUCAAGAAGAAAACCUGCGGCAGAGGCAUAACAGUUACCAGCAAUGGCUGUCAAAGGGCUCAGGGAGCAAAGUGUGAACAUCGCUGUGGUAAAGAACUAGAGCCUGUGUGUGGAACAGACGGCAGGACCUACCUCAACCGCUGUAUGUUGCAGGUAGAAAUCUGUAGGAUAGGAAUUGGCCUGUCUCACUUGGGCUCUUGCAACAACAUCUCAGCUCACAGAGAGAACUGUCCUGUGGCUUGUGAUCAAGCUCCUAUGGAUGGACCUAUCUGCGGCUCGGAUGGCAACGUCUACCCCAACACUUGCCAGAUGAAGCUGCUAACUUGUGGGCAAGGUGUGGUGAGGACUUCUAAGAAGCACUGCCAGACAACUCGUCACUGUCGAGAGUCCUGUUGGAGGGUCUCCAAGCCCACCUGCGGCUCCGAUGGGAACAUCUAUUCCAACUCCUGUAGGAUGAAGGCCAAAAACUGCGGGAAGCAUGUAUUCGAGGUGCCAAUGGCUUUCUGCAUGAGCCAGGAGCGUCACCAAGGAGCUGCUGCGGCCUGUCCGACGUCCUGUCAGAAUGAGCGGGAACGCCUUACCUGUGGCUCAGACGGCAACAUCUACCGCAGUGAAUGUGAGCUGAAGAUGCUCAACUGUGGAUUAAUAUCCAAACGUGCUGUGAAGAAAGUAGACAUUGAAAAAUGUCGUAACAAGCUCAUAAAAUGCAGCAAACACUCGUGUCCCGACAAUCCUGUGGAUCCUGUCUGUGGCAGUGAUGCAAAAACCUACAAUAGCAUGUGCCAUCUUCAAGCUGCUACUUGCAUGAAGGGUAUCCAGCUGGCUCACAUGGGCAAGUGCGUUCCUCUACUAGCACCUGACAACUGCCCUGAGGAAUGUGAUGCUGACGAAGUCUCGCCCACUUGUGGAUCGGAUGGAAAUGUUUACAGGUCAUUGUGUGAGCUGAAGAAAGCUACUUGUGGUCAGAGAGUGGUGGAUGUUCCUCUACAUCACUGUGCCACAACGGCUGCCUGUAACCAGGUGUGUGGUACGGAGCGUAACUUCGUGUGUGGGUCCGACAACAAGUUUUACAGGAACGAGUGUGAAAUGAAACGUGACAAUUGUGGAAAACACGUAUUUGUGGUGCCCAUGAAAAGAUGUUUACAAGGGUUCCAGUUCAAGGGUUGCAACCGGAUCUGUCCUACCAUUUACGAUCCUAUUUGCGGAACGGAUAACAAGACCUACUCCAACGACUGUUUUCUGCAAAUGGAAAACUGCAGAUCUAGAUCAUUGGUCGGGAAACAACACCAUGGUAUCUGUGGAGAGCCAGUUGAAGAACCCAAAAACUACCUUUAUUGACACCCCAUUAAAUAAUAAUAAAUCUCAUAUUUUGCCAUUUGCAAUAAAUAAAGCAACAUCUUUUGAUAGUAAAUGGAAGUUUGCUUGGAUUUAGAAAAUGUUGGGGGUUGUUGACUGACAGUGUUACAAGGUCAGCCACUCUGUAUUGAAAGUAAGUUUUGCAAUAUUCAGUUUUAAUGUCAUUGUUAUUUAUAUUGUGUUCAAACUAUAUACUGAUUUUGAUAUUACAUUUCACAUUUGCAAACUUUUAUUGUAAUUUCUUUCAAUAGAGAUGUAUUUACUUUUUCUAUGCCAUCCUAAAUAAUAAUCCUGCUUUAUUAUUAGAAGUCUGGUUUGUGUAAAAGGUAUCAAUGAUUUUCUUAAAUCAUUCAGAUUAUUCCUUUACUCUGUUCUCAAAUGGUAAAUUAUAAAAGCUGGACUCAGUUGUAACCAGUUUGUCAUGUAAGAGUUCCAAAACAACUUUAAAAUAUAAAUACUUAUAGUUCAACCAAACAACUAAGUAUAUUAUUUAUACUAAGUUUAUUUAUUGUAAUAUUAAUAAAAAUGUGUGAGUCAAAGUAUGAAUGUUUUAGUGUAUAAUAUAGUGUUAAUAAUAAUAUGUAAGUACUUUGAAAUUAGAUUUAUGAUAUAAUUUAACUCCUUGAGUGUGCCAAUAAUUACGUGUGAUUGUGUCCUGUGAAAUCUUUUCAAAAUACUAUAAUUAUAAAUGUUAUUAUCAAUUAUAGAGGCAUUUUCUGAAAAAUUUUGAGAAAUUCAGAAAAUCUCUGGUUUUGUUGAAUUUUUUCAAACGAUUUUUAAAGUUUCUAAAACAAACAUAAGACUGAAACCUGUUGUCUAUUUUUGUCAUGAACGUAAUAUGAUAUAAGAAUAAUCUUAAGAAAUAUUAUUGAAAUAAAAUAAUUUAGAAAUAUUCAUGUUCUUGAAUACAAUCACAUAAAUUUCCUACAUUCUCAGUAAAUUUUAGAUAUUCAUGCUGAUUUUGCAUGAUUUGUAAGUUCAGAUUGAAUUGUGUUCAUAAUUAUUAAUUAAUAUUUAUUUCAUAUUUAAUUUAGGAUUUUAGAUUUAGUUAGGAUUAUUUCCAGUCAUGUAGAUUAAGCUCUUUUUAUAUUCACAAUACAAUUUAAUGUCUUUUUACAACCUAGGUAAUGUUUUAUGACGAUGAAGCAAAGCAGUUCAUUUUCAAGUGAUACAGCCUAAUUUGCCUGUGGUAACCCACUAUAUUUUAUGCAAUAAAACAUGUUUUAAUACAAAAUUUCCAUUUUUA